CUCGGAGAAAAAUGACACUUGGGUGCUACCUACAUGCUUUUUAUAGCCAGCAUUAGAUUUUUGGAUUGACCUCAGCUGCAUAUUUGACCACCCUUCUGAUGAGAGAUGAUUUAAACCGGUUGUGUUUCUGGCCAUUUCAGAAGCUGGUUGUGUUCAAUUUGAAGCAAGGACUGCUUUGGCACCCUCUAACAUCAUGCUGAUCUUAAACUAACUUUACUGUAAACAGUAACGUUGCAUUUCCAGUAGCGUUCUGUUCAGGAUAGACUUGAGCCUUGGUGGAUCCUGUACAUAUUUCCUUUCCCCUGAGGAUGACCGCUUGGGUAAGACGAUUGAUACUUGGACACAGAUGGGUGUUCUGUCUGGAAAAUAUUUCCAAACACAUCAAAACUGGUUUUGUAAUGGAUUCAAAAGACUAACCAAAAGCCCUGACCUUGACCCUUUUGAAAAUUCUUGAAUUAUGCCAGGAAAAUGGCUAAAAUUAACUCAAAUAUCCAGCUAGAGUUAUGCCAGAAGCUUGUGGUUUCUCCUCAAAUUUCUAUCUGACAUACAUCUAAACAUUAAGGCAGUGUAUGUACAUUUCUGAGCUGUUGUGUAUAAUGUUGACCUGUGUGGAAAAUCAAAUCUCAGUUCUUGUACCGACUGAAUUAUUAAGUGUCAAAUUCAACAAAGAGCCCAAUUGGAGCUGUCACUUAUAGCUGCAACAUAACAUAACAUAACAUUUAAAUGAUCCCCGUUCCUCGAUGCAGAAUAGUGGAAACGAAACCGUCAGUUAGUUCUUUUUAAUCUGUUGAGUUUGUGGCAGGUUACUUCCUCCUGCUUCCAGUCCAGGGUUCCUGCAUUGGGGGUUUUGUCGCUGAGGCGCCGUCCCUCGCAGUCCUCCCUCCAGCCUCCCCGCCUUCCUUCCUGCGCUGAGCUCUCGCCAAGCCUCCGCAGUUUAAAUGGGCCAAGUUGAGAAGCGGCGGAGAGUGCAAAUCUUGUUUGGUCUGGGUCUGUGAACUUCAGCGUGACUUCUGCAACACCCAGCAGUCUGAGUCUUAACAACUCUUUCAAAACUCCAAGCGAUAUUAAUGACGCGAAAAAUACUCAGUUUAAGUUUGGUUUCUGUUUAAUGACGUGUGGCAUUAAGGUUUAAUUUUUUUUUUUAGAUCAUCUGUAAAACUAAAUAUUGGUCAUAUAUAAAUCCAUACUCCCCUGGAAAUAACUGGUCUGAUUUAUUUUAAAUUGCGCCUCAGUAUAAUUAGAAUAAAAGCUUUUAAAUUAACCCAAAUGUGAUAGGACGAGUCGCACUGAGCAGUGGUGAUCUAACCUAAUGUAAGUGGCUCAGGGCUUCCCAGCAUGUCAGGUAUUAACAGAGCGAGUGAGAUUAAAUGUGGGAGGUAGGAGAGCUGCGACGCUGCCGCUGCAAGCUGGAAACUACUGAAUGGGAAUAUAUCCGGCAACUUCAGCAGACCGCUCUCUCACGGCGAAACGGGUGCUCCUCUGCGUAAACUCGAGCGGCGCGUCUUCCAGUCUGGCUCAGCCCCGCUCGUACGCCAGGAGGACGCUCAAGUUGGAUCAGGCGCGCAGCUUCUCACUCGUUCCCCGCGCUCGGCUCCCACUAACAUGCCUGCCAUCAAAAAGGAGCGGCUGGAUGGAGACGACAUGGCUCUGACCGCCUUCAACCAGUCCGAAUAUCUUGCCCCUUUAAAUGCCACCGCCAUCCCCGUGGUGACCCCGCACCCGCCGCCCUACGAGCACAUUUUCGCCCAUCACCGUGCGUACCUGGGGCUCCACGACUCGGCGCUGCAUCACCAGCACCUCCACCACCACACGGACGACUUGAUGCUGGAGAGGUUCUCCUCCAUCCCCGACUUUCAGCCCUUCUUCGACAACGGAGAGCCGUGCAUCGAGGUGGAGUGCGGAGAGAACAAGGCUUUGCUUUAUAUCAACAAACUGUGUCAGGGCAGUAAGGGACCCUCGAUAAAAUACAGGGGCGAGUGGCUCACCCCUAACGAGUUCCAGUUUGUCAGUGGACGGGAGACUGCCAAAGACUGGAAGCGGAGCAUUAGACACAAAGGAAAAAGUCUCAAGACUCUUAUGUCCAAAGGAAUCUUACAGGUGCACCCUCCCAUUUGUGACUGUCCCGGCUGCCGGAUUUCAUCUCCAGUGAACCGCGGGCGCUUGGCAGAGAAGCGCACCAUCCCUCUUCCGCCCAACCGGGUGCCCAAGAAGGAGCUGGCCUCGAUUUUCAGCAGUGACGACAGCGAAGGCAGCGAGCGGGCCAGUGGGGAUCAUGCCCACAUCAAGCAGGAGGAGGAUCUGCAUUACAAUAUUAUGAGAAAAAAUCGGGACGGUGACCUCUCUGCAAUUAUCUCCAACCUACACCACACCAGACAGCACAGUAUGCCCGAAGAGCAGUCUGCCUCUGACCACAGCACCAGUACUCGACACACAGACGACCUUCUAGGCAAAAGGAGAAGCUUCUCUCCCAACAGCAGCGAGUGUCCCUCUGAUAGCAAGAAGUCACGCAGUGUCUCUCCAAAAGAAAACUCCCAGAGUCCCGUGGUUGAGGCAGGCAGCAGCCACGGCCACAUGAGCCCCGUGGAGCAUUACAGGCGCGUGAUGUCAGCACUCAGUGAGCAGGGAUCCUUUGAGGAGCAGCAGCAACGCCUCUACCAGCUGGCGAGCAGUAUGGGUUUACCCGGCCACGACAUACUGCGAGCUCGUCAGGAGGCGCUGGCUGCAGCAGUCAGGAAUCCCGUAGCCUUAGAGGCCCACCUGCCCUCAGCGGGCAGCUCUUCAUCAUCCAGCCAGAGACGGAAGCAGGGUCUGCCGCAACACCGGGACGCGCAUUACACCGACAGAGAGCUGUCCCAUCCUCCACCCCUCCUGUCCCCUCCAACUGGUCCUCACGUCACCUUAGGCCCUCACCUGCGGCCUCCCUUCCUGGGCAUGCCUUCCCUCUGCCAAACUCCUGGUUAUGGCUUUCUGCAGCCGGCCCAAGCUGAGAUCUUGGCUCGCCAACAGGAGCUGUUAAGGAAGCAGAAUCUGGCCAGACUUGAGAUGUCUGCAGAGCUGCUGAGACAGAAGGAGUUGGAAAACCUCCACCAGCACCAGCAACGACUGCUCAGCUCAGACCAUCUGGGAGCUCUUCCUCCAGGCCUGCCCCCUGACCACCCGGCCCUGCGGAGUCUCCACGACAUCCCAGAGGGACACCCCCUACGCGAGGAGCUAGCCCGCCGAUCAAAUGCGAUGCUGGUGCUUCGCCAUGGGGCCGCCACUCCCCUCCUCACCCUCAACCAGCAACAACAACAACCAGGGGCAUCUUCCACACCCAAAGACAUACAGGUGCAGAGCUCCACUGUAGGGCCAGAUGCCGAAUCCAGAAAGGCCAAUCGAAGGGAAGCUCGGCCAGAGCUUCGCGCUGGGGAUCACAGAGGAGGAAGAAAUGACAGGGGAAGGGAAGGAGAUAUGGAGGUGCACAACGAGGAGAUGAAAGACUCAGACAGCGAGACAGAGAUGAGCGAAGAGAGGCAGGAGGGCCUCAUUUCCAAGCCCAGCAGUAAACCCAGGGAGAGAGAGAGAAACAGGGGAAAGGAGACUGGAGGCAAGGCAGGGUGUGAGAAUGCCAAGGACACCAAAGGGAACUCGGGGAGGCUGAGUGCCUCCAGCUCAGCAGAUACCGAGUCGCCUAGUCGCAACCUUUUCACCCCUGGACUUGGCAAGGCUGAUCUUAAAUAUCAUCUGCCACCGGGGCUCAUUCCACCGUUGCCUGCUCUUCACGCCCAGUCGCUGCCCUUUGGAUUUCCCUACGCAGGCCCUUACUUUCCUGCGGGCUCUUUGGGGGGUCUUUUCAUGGACGGGGAGGACACAGCCACGUCAAAUCCUGUGGAGGACGUCAGCAAGUGGAGCGUGGAGGAUGUGUGCGGCUUCAUCAGCAGCCUGGCAGGAUGUGCCGAAUAUGCACAGGUGUUUCGGGAGCACGCCAUUGAUGGGGAGACACUGCCGCUGCUCACUGAGGAGCACCUGCUCAACACCCUGGGACUAAAGUUGGGGCCUGCGCUCAAGAUCCGCUCACAGGUGGCGCGCCGCGUUGGCAGGCUCUUCUAUAUGACAGGAUUUCCUCUGGCAUUCCCGUUUCCACCUUCUGCUGUGCUGCGCCCCCCAGAUCGGGAUCGAGACCCCCUGACUGCGGCAUCUGACACCCCUCUGGCCCUCUCUCUGUCAAUGCAGCACCGCCCCACCUCAACCAGCAGCAGCUCCUCUCCGUACAGCGGCCCAACUGCGGGAUGCUCAACUCCAAAACAGGAAAACGGCGCCGGCUCGGCAUUGGUGGGAAGAUACGAGGCUAAAACCCCCUCGUAGAAGUGGACAAAUGGAGGUGAGGGAACUAGACAUUUCAAUUGAAAUCGAUGGGGAAACAGACUGGAAUAAGAGACUAGUGGACAGUGUCUGCAGUGGCUUGGAGACCAGCAGAACCCAAAGAAACUGCGGUGGAAAGGAGAAAUGCGAAGUGACAGAGGAGCAGAGAAAGAGGAGGAAAGGGAGACAGCUGGUCACAGACAGGCUGCCAAGAAAACGAAGCAGAGCCCAGCCACAAGACGCGACAUUCUUGCAAAUCAGACAGACACUAGCGGAAACUCUGCUCUCCUUCCUGGGCAGAAGGAAGCUCUCCUCACUCACUUUUUGUUUCUCCACUAUCCAUCUCCGAAUCUGCUUUACUCUGCAGAGCCUAGGAAUUAAAAGCAAUGCGUCUCCCUUCCCGACCAUCUCCCAGAGGCAAAGCAGCAGCAUCACCAGGUCUUCAUUGAGGCUAAAGUUGUAGCUGAAAAACCACCAGAUCUGACCAGAUCCCUCUUAUAUCACUGCAACUAUGCAUUCCACUGUCCUGAUACCAAAGAUGACCGGAUGUGUGGAACAGGAACUCAUCAUCUGUUUCUUUUUGCAUUUAUGGUCCUGCAGGGGAAUGCUAAGCUUGGGCCUCGUACUGUGGACUCUUGAGGUAGAGCUGUCAUUUUCUGAUGUUUAUCAGGAAUGUGGAGGCCUUAUGCAUAUCAAUAAACUAAAGUAUCAAGUUCAUUUAUUUUAGUAAUUUGAUUCAGAAGCUGAAAAUCAUAUAGAUUCGAUAAUUACAGUGAUAUACUUCAAGUUUAUUUCUGUUCAUUUAGAUGAUCGUUAUAGCUUACAGCUCAUGAAAACUCAAAACAUCCAUUAAAAAAAAAAGUUUGUGUAUUACGGAAAUGUGGGGCUACCGAUACGUAUAUCCGUGUACCGUUCAGGAUAUUUGGGCUCCUUCUGCAUGAAUUACUGUAUCAAUGCGGCAUGACAUGGCUGCAAACAACCUGUGUUUCUGCUGAGGUGGAAGCCCAGGUUGCUUUGAUGGCAGCCUGAAGCCACAGAUUCUCUAUUGAGUUAAGGUCCAGUGAUCCUUGAAACAGCUUUUGGUACCUUUAGGUGGUACUUUUUUUCUUCCACUUUAUUUUCCAUGACCCUCUCCUAGUAGAGGGUGUCAAUGACUGUCCCCUCUAUGGUUGUGAUAUGUCUUUAUUGGUCUUAUAAAAUCUAAAGUUCUGAAAAAAUGAAUUAUGGGUUUUCAUUAGCUGUAAGUCAAAUUAAAAAAAAGAACUAUUUAAAUAGAUCGCCGUGUGUAAUGAAUCUAUACGAAUUCCAAUUUUUGAAAUUACUUUUUGCUGAUAUUCUAGUUUGUUUUGAUGUACCUGUAGUGGACGGUUUGAGGCGGAGCGACACUUAUAAGAAAUGGAGAAGCCUCAGAGGGCGUCUACAAUGUCAUUGUAUAUUUGUGUUGACUACUAUAAAGUAGGACCGACAUGCAAAAUUGUACAGAAUCGCGCUUAAGAUGAAAAUAUUCUGGUGGUACUUACACUUUUCGUUUAACGUAGUUGCACGAGUAAGAAUUUCUUUACUGACAAAUGUGACUUGCUGAACUUUGGUGGUACUUUUGUUCAUAAUAUUCUUUAAAAAAAAUUUCAAACAAAAAAAAAAGAUGUUCAAAUGCAAACCCAGCAUAUAAAUACGAGGACAAAAAUAUUUAUAGCAUUUUGAUGUAGUAGAUAAAGGAGAUUAUGAUAUGUAUUAAAAUCAGCCCUUAAGACGGAUUCCAAAGAUACUUUUACUUUGUUUUCUCUUGGUUGCAGGGAAAAAAAAGGCACAAAGCUCUUAAUGCAAAUGUUUUGACUUUCUUAUGGAUUUUUUUUAACUAUAAAAAAAGCAAUGAAUUAAUAAAAAUGUUCUCUAGAUUUCCCUUCAGAAGUUUUGUUUUCAUCCUAUUUUUCUAUUCACCACACAGGUGAAAUAAAUCCUAAAGAAAAAAUA